UCCUUUUACAUCCUACUCCCAUCUUCUGCCCUUGCGUCUCUUUCUUCUCCUCAUAGACCGAAGAAAGAUCGUAUUGGACACAAAUCCCCACAUCAAGACUUAGACGACAUAAAAAAAAACUUAUUUUGCACAUCCAGAGCACGCUUCAUCUCCAUUGAUCUGCACAUCCCACCAUCAUCGCACCCUCUGCUCGGUUGAAUUCCUUCCUUUUAACGUGUGAGCAGUCAAUGACUCCUGUUGAACAAAGCCACUCCCUUCCAGGGCCCAUAAAACAUCUAGAGGCUGACACAUUAAAAAAAGCCAGGUUUGGUCAACCGUACAGUGAGAUCUACGGACAGUAUACCCCGCCUGCAUCUGGCCAGAUGAUUGUAAACAAUACUUACUCACCUAUGGGUGGUCCUGGCUUCCAACAGCCAACUGCUCUUGGUCCCUACUCAACCGGGAAUUUGAACUUCCCGAAUAUGACCCAGUAUCACGCUCCUGCCGGAACACAAACCAUGAAUCCACCUACCCCUCAAUUCAUCCACAACUCUCUGGGGUCGCCUUCAACCGCUGCCGCCGCCGCUGCCGCCGCUGUGGCAGCCGCACCCUUUGUUAAUGCCUAUGCCCACGCUCAAGUACAAGCACACGCUCAUGCCCAUAUUUCUACACCUCCUCUACAGUCUACGCACCAAACAGCCCGUACUGUAUAUGUCGGCAAUCUUCCAUCUGAAACAUCUGUAGCUGAAAUUCUCGACCAUGUUAAGUCUGGCGUUAUUGAUUCCAUUAGACCAUUGCCAGAAAAAAACUGUAUCUUUAUUACAUUCGUCGACGCAUCCGUCGCGGCGCACUUUUAUCACGAAGCCACAACUAAGCGCUUGUGUUUGAACGGGACCGAGUUGAAGGUCGGAUGGGGCAAACCGAGCUCGAUCCCCAGUAAUAUUCAGCUAGCACUGCAGAAUGGCGCCACACGUAACGUGUUUCUUGGAUCAUUGGAUGAGAGUAUCACCGAGGAGUUCCUCCGCGAGGAUCUUGCGCGGUUUGGGCACAUUGAACAUGUUAAGAUGAUCAAGGACCGUAACAUUGCAUUUGUUCACUUCUUGAGCACAUCAAAUGCGGUCAAGUGUGUCAAUACUCUUCCCACCGAGACAAACUGGACCACACGUCGCGUAAAUUAUGGAAAGGAUCGGUGUGCGCCUGCAAAAGUUGCCCCUCUUUAUCCCUCCAACUACCCUGCCUUCCCCGUUCGCUUCUCACCCAUGACAUACGACCCCUACACAGGCACCGUCGAGGCUUACCCAACACACGCCAGUCUUUAUCCUCCUACAUCUCUUACCGGUGUCGCUAACCGGACAAUCUACCUCGGCAACAUUCAUCCAGAUACAACAUGUGAGGAGAUCUGUAAUGUGAUUCGUGGUGGUAUCCUUAGUCAGAUCAGAUACAUGCCAGAUAAACACAUUGCAUUCGUUGCAUUUGUCGAUCCUGCGCUCGCUCUUCACUUUUAUAAUCAAUCGGUAUUCCAUGGCAUCGUAAUCAAGAACCGCCGACUCAAGAUUGGGUGGGGAAAAGCGUCGUCACUGCCUUCUGCUGUUGUGGCCGCAAUCCAGAAUGGUGGUUCGCGAAAUGUUUAUCUGGGUAACAUGGAUGAUAGUAUGACUGAAGAGAAGCUCAAGCAGGACUUUUCUGAUUAUGGUGAUAUUGAGCUUGUGAAUACCCUCAAAGAAAAGAAUUGUGCCUUUGUAAAUUUCACUAGCAUUGCUGCUGCUGUGCGGGCCAUGGAAGGGAUCCGGUCCAAGGAAGAAUACAAAAAGUUUAGAAUUAAUUACGGCAAGGAUCGCUGCGGAAACCCUCCCCGGGCUCACAAGAACUCUGUUAAUGAUCCUCAUGGACCACGCGAGAUCGAGACUGAACUAGCCUCCCGAACUAGCCUCACUGUAGACGAAUGCCAAGAAACAGUUAGUGGGAUGUUGGAAUCUGUUCUGGUGGCCAAUGGCAUUUAAUUUUUUUAUACAUCAUCUUACAACUACAACUACAGCAACAAAAAAGUUUGAUUUCCAUGAAGCAAGACGUACAUUAUUAUUACGAUUAUUAUUACAACUACUAUUACUAUCACUACUAUUUAAGAAUUUGUGUCAUUUUCAACAGCAAUUUGGUGUUUCUCUCUUUUAUAUAUCCACGAUAUUUUCUUCCUGUUUGGCUCUUAAUACACAUGGAAAAGAUAGAAGUCAUUCUGUCUGUAUAUUGUUCUUUAUAUAUAAUAUUGUGUUUGCUUGUUUGAUUGUAAUCACCCUAUUAAAAGAAAAGGCCACACUUAAUGAUAGUUUAUAACAGAUAUAUCAUAUAUAUUAUGUAUAUAAAGAAAGAGAACAAAAAAGCAAAAAUAACUAUUUCAAGCGAUC